CCAUAUAUAUACAACUACUGAGCUCCAUUUUCAUCUUCACAAACCCUAGCAGCGUAGUUUCACAACACAGACAGAAGAAAAACUCUCACAACACACGCAAAAAUGGCGGCAGAGGGUUUGGUUCUUCGCGGCACCAUGAGAGCACACACGGACAUGGUGACGGCCAUAGCCACACCAAUCGACAACUCCGACAUGAUCGUUACCGCUUCCCGAGACAAAUCCAUCAUCCUCUGGCACCUCACCAAGGAAGAGAAGACCUACGGUGUCCCCCGCCGUAGGCUCACCGGCCACUCUCACUUCGUUCAGGAUGUCGUCCUCUCCUCCGACGGUCAGUUCGCUCUCUCCGGUUCCUGGGAUGGCGAGCUCCGUCUCUGGGAUUUGGCCGCCGGUACCUCCGCUCGCCGAUUCGUCGGUCACACUAAGGACGUUCUCUCUGUUGCUUUCUCAAUUGACAACCGUCAGAUCGUCUCGGCUUCUCGUGACCGCACGAUCAAGCUCUGGAACACCCUCGGUGAGUGUAAGUACACCAUAACCGAAGGUGAGGCCCAUACAGAUUGGGUCAGCUGUGUCAGAUUCAGCCCUAAUAAUGUUCAGCCCACGAUUGUUUCGGCUUCUUGGGAUCGGACCGUGAAGGUUUGGAACCUGACCAAUUGCAAGCUCAGGUGCACUCUCAGCGGCCAUGGUGGGUAUGUGAACACUGUUGCGGUUUCGCCCGACGGUUCGCUCUGUGCUAGCGGUGGCAAAGACGGUGUGAUUCUGCUGUGGGAUUUGGCGGAGGGGAAGAGAUUGUACUCCCUUGAUGCUGGUGCUAUCAUUCAUGCUUUGUGCUUUAGCCCCAACAGGUACUGGCUCUGUGCUGCCACUGAGCAUAGCAUCAAGAUCUGGGAUUUGGAAAGCAAGAGCAUUGUUGAGGACUUGAAGGUUGAUCUGAAGACUGAGGCCGAGAAAACCGAGGAUACUCACGCUGCUACAGCCAACAAGAAGAAGGUUAUUUACUGUACAAGCUUGAGCUGGAGUGCUGAUGGAAGCACUUUGUUUAGUGGGUAUACCGAUGGUGUAAUCAGAGUUUGGGGAAUUGGUCGCUAUUAGUAAAAUGUUUCCAGUCGAAUUUAUGUUUUUAAUUUUUGAGAACAAAUCAUUUACUCUUCUUGUUUUGUAGCGCCUUGAAAAAGUUCUAGGGUUUUGUUGGAAAUGUUGGAUGAUUUUGGAAGCUCUGUGUUGACUUAUGGCUUUGAGGCCGAAAUUUAUUUUGGUUUUGCUUUUAUUAUUUUAGA